AUGGAUUCUACAGAUGGUAAAAACAUAGGAUUUGUUAAAAGACAGGAAUUGAUUAGUGAAAGAAAGGAAAUAGAAAUGAUUGGUCAUCUUCACGGUGACAUUUUUAACCAAGAUAAAUUUUUAAUUAAUGGUGUUGAAAUGAGUGUUAAAUUGGUUCGAUCAAGAGAGAGUUUUAAUUUAAUUGUUGGAUCAAACGAUGUAAAGUUUAAAGUUUGUAUUACGGACGCAACUCUUAUUGUUCGACGAGCACGAAUUAAUCCAAGUGUAUUACUCGCACAUCAAAAAGUUUUAGCUUCUACCACUGCUAAAUAUCCUAUUACUCGAGCUGAAGUAAAAGUUUUAACAAUUCCUUCGGGUGUUCAAGGAAAAACUCUUGAUAAUAUAUUUUUAGGACAGGUACCGAAAAGAUGUAUAAUUGGAUUUGUGAACAAUUCUGCAUUUAAUGGUUCCCUUACUAAAAAUCCAUUUAACUUUGAAAACUAUGGUAUUAAUUCUUUCAGCUUAUAUAUUGAUGGUCAACAAAUACCUUCAAAAGCUUUGCAACCAUCUUUUAAUAAUAGCAUAUUUACAUCAGCAUAUCAUACUCUAUUCUCGGGAACUGGUAUUCACUUUCUUAAUGAAGGAAAUGGAAUCUCUUGUGAACAGUAUGGCAAAGGUUACUGUCUAUUAGCAUUUGACUUAACUCCUGAUUUAUCAGCUAACUCAUCAACUCAUUGGAAUCUCAUAAAGCAUGGUAGUGUAAGAAUAGAAGUACGAUUUGAAUCCUCAUUAAUACAAACAAUUAACUGUAUAGUUUAUGCUGAGUUUGAUAAUAUUAUUGAGAUAGAUAAAAACAGAAAUGUUACUGUAGACUAUAGUAGUUAA